AUGGGUCGAAGGGGCCUGCUGCAGGCGCCGGCGACGGCGCGGAUCUCUUGCCCUCGCGGCUGGACGCUGUUGGCGAUCUGUCUCACCUGCUUGGCGAUCGCAUCCCUGUACGCCACAGGGCCCAGGGCCUAUCAUCGCGCGGCUGAGAGCGUGGAUGCGCGGGCGGAUGGAUCAAGAAAGGUGCGGCCACUGGGUGCUGCAAACGCGGACCUGGCAGCCAGCCCGGGGGAAGAGCAACGGGCGGUGUUGGCACCCGCCAGGAUCGGCUUUCUUCCCACAACGCCGCCAGCAACGGCCGCCAACGCAGCCCCCAACAAUGUGAACGCAUCGCAGACCGGAACGGUUGGGAAAACCGCGGCGGCCAAGAAUCGGACAAAGGUGGUUCCCCAGCCUGCUUGGCCGGGGCCUUCGAAGGCAGCCUGGUUGGAGAGCCUGCCAGCGUGGGGCAUCCGGCGCGAGCUGGACUGGACGCCGGAGGCGGUGAGGGGGCGGGUACGUGGCGCCUUCCUGCACGCCUGGGGCGCCUACAAGCGCUUUGCGUGGGGUCAUGACGAACUCAAGCCGAUUAGUCAGACGUACAAGACGUUCAGCCACAUAGACAUGGGGCUGACGAUUGUGGACGCCGCGGACACGAUGGUCGUGAUGGGCCUGGAGGGGGAGUACGCGCAGGCGCGGGAGUGGAUAGCGACGCACCUGGACUUCGGCGCGGUGAACGCGAGCGUGAGCUUCUUCGAGACCACCAUCCGCUUCCUGGGCGGCCUGCUGUCCACGCACUACCUCACCGGGGACGCCGUGUACCUCGACAAGGCGGUGGACCUGGGGGCCCGGCUGGCGCGGGCCUUCAACACCAGCAGCGGCCUGCCCGAGCCCGACGUCCACCUGAUGACCGGCGCCCUGUCCAACUCGAGGAAGACGCACGAGCUCUUCUUGGCGGAAAUCGGGUCGUGCCAGCUGGAGAUGGCAGCGCUCAGCAGGCUGUCGGGCAACGAGACGUUCACGCGGCUGGCGGAGGCGGCGGAGGGCGUCGUCCUGGAGUCGCCAUCCUGGGAUGGCCUGAGGACGACGUCCAUGAGCUCCUUCAGCCGACGGUGGUGGGGCCUGUACAGCAUGGGCAACUCCGCGGACUCGUACUACGAGUACCUGCUCAAGAGGCACAUCCAGGCGCGCGCUCUGGGCGAGCCCCCGGAGACGUCCCAGAAGUACGGCGCGGAAUUCGCCAAGGCGAUGGCCGGGAUGGCCCGCCGCCUGGUGCGCAAGACGGCGCACGGGCUGUCGAUGCUGGCCGACGUCGGGGUGGCGCGCGACAACGAGGCGCGGCGCAUGCACCACCUGGCGUGCUUCGUGCCCGGCACGCUGGCCCUGGGCGCCGCAACGACGACCCUGUUCGGCGAUCGCGCGGACGAGAUGAUGGCCCUGGCGCGGGAGCUGGCCCUCACGUGCUACUCGUUCUACAAAACCACCCGCACGGGGCUGGGCCCCGACAUCGUGUCCUUCCCCAUGGACGCGGAUUACGACAUGGCGCCCACGGGGGUCAACGGCAACCACCUGCGGCCGGAGACGGUGGAGAGCCUGUUCGUGCUGUACCGCCUUACGGGGGAUCGGAAGUACCGGCAGUGGGGGAUGGAUAUCUUCGUGGCGUGGGAGACGUACGCCAGGCUGCCGGCUGGUGGCUACUCCACACUGCUCAGCGUCGCGGACCCGGGGAGCCACGGAGACUCCCAGGAGAGCUUCUUCCUGGCCGAGAGCCUCAAGUACCUGUACCUCCUGUUCGAGGACCCGGCCGUUUUGCCCCUGGACGAGUGGGUCUUCAACACCGAGGCGCACCCCUUCAGCUUGGAUCGGCGGUGGAGUCCAGAGGCGGGGCGGCGGACAUUCGAGUGGCUGAUGUCAAGGGAGUGA